CUCUUCCUGUAGCCACCAGCUAACCUACAUUCCUGCUGACAGCAGAGAUCCUGGUUUAAAUAGGUGUGUGUCAGCUGACAGUUGUGUGAUGCUAGCAUGUUAGCGUCGGAGUUGGCAAGAAGAUACUGUACCAAUUCAGCGUUUAUCGAAGUAGCUGCGGUUCUCUUUUAUAGUUUAACCAUUUAUUUGUUUGUUUGAUCUUAAAGUUAACAAAGCGAACAGUUUUGUUUAACAUGAAAUUACCUUUCCAGCGCUAAGUGGCUUUUUAUAGCCCUUAGCAAGCUGAAAGAGCCAGGAAGCUAAUCUUCCUAGCAACCGUAGCUAGCUGUGACAGCAGGUAAGCUAACCAACGAUUAUCUUCAUGGAGAGCCUUAAAGUGCUAGCCAAGCUUUCAAGAUUGUUUUUUAGGGUGAGUUAUGUGAACAAACUGUAGACCAGCGGCUCAUGUGGAGGUAAAUGUUGAAUAAAUGGCAAAAAUAGAGCAGGGCAAUGGGGUUGACUUGCGGGGAAGCCCAGAGAAGCUGACAGAUAAUGGGAAAGGCAGCUCGUAUGGAUCCGACCCAGAGGUAAACGGCAAUGUCCCCGGGGAGAAAGAGGUGGACAAGUACGGGUUCAGCGGAGGAGCCCAGCAGCACUCAUCUGCUGAAGAAAUCCCAACUGAUGUGCUGAGGCAGCGGGAGUCAAAAUGGCUGGAAAUGCUCAACAGCUGGGACAAGUGGAUGGCCAAAAAACACAAGAAGGUGAAAGAGCGCUGUCAGAAGGGGAUCCCUCCGUCCCUGCGUGGCCGGGCCUGGCUAUAUCUCACCGGGGGCAAGGUUAAAAGGGAACAAAACCAAAGAAAAUUCCAGGAACUGGACAGUCAGCCAGGAGAUCCUAAAUGGGUAGAUAUUAUUGAGAGGGACCUCCAUCGGCAGUUCCCCUUCCAUGAAAUGUUUGAAGCCAGAGGGGGUCAUGGGCAGCAAGACUUGUUCCGUGUGUUGAAGGCUUACACUCUGCAUCGGCCUGAAGAGGGUUAUUGUCAGGCUCAGGCUCCAAUCGCUGCUGUUCUCCUGAUGCAUAUGCCAGCUGAGGAUGCAUUCUGGGUUCUUGUUCAGAUUUGUGAGAAAUACCUUCCUGGAUACUACAGCUCAGGGCUGGAGGCGAUCCAGCUGGACGGGGAGAUCCUGUACGCUCUGCUGCGGCGAGUGUCCCCGGUGGCCCACCGUCACCUGAAGAAGCACAAGCUGGAGCCCGUCCUGUACAUGACCGAGUGGUUCAUGUGCGCCUUCUCUCGGACUCUGCCCUGGGCCUCUGUGCUGCGGGUCUGGGACAUGUUCCUUUGUGAGGGAGUAAAGAUCCUCUUUCGGGUAGGCCUGGUUCUCCUGAAAUGCACGUUGGGAUCCCAGGAGAAACUGAAGGCCUCUCAGGGUCUGUAUGAAACAAUGGAGCUGCUCCGAGCCAUACAGCCACAGUACCUACGAGAAGGCUUCCUGGUGCAAGAGAUAAUUGAGUUAGGGGUGUCAGAGAAAGACAUAGAGAAGGAACACUUUGCUCAGCUGCGCCGCUGGAAGGAGACUCAUGGAGAUCUACACUGCAAGUCCCCUCCCAGGAUGCAUGGCGCUAAAGCUAUCAUUACGGCAGAGCCGCCCAGCCGCCAGGACCUGAAACAAAGGCCCACCAUCAUCGUGCAUUCGCCCCUGGCAACGCAGACAGACGGAGAGAGAGAACAGGACGCCAAGGAGAGUGCAAAGACUAACAAGGGGAAACAGAAGAAAACCACGCUUCCCCCAGUGGAGACGGUUAAUCCUUACCUUUCUCCCAGUGACCCCUCCCCUCUCCUCAAACACAUGAUUGUACAAGGGUCCAAAGAGAGUCUGAGCAGCGCCGAGCAUGACACUUACCUGUAGCGGGGUAAGUGUCCCAGUUUACUAACAUCACCAUUCACAACAGCCUUUACAGUUUUAAGUAAACGUUCUUGAGUCACAGUGACAUGACAAAACCUUUCAUGACUUACUAUGACAGGUUUUAUUCAAAUGGAUAUUUUUACAAUCAAGAAAAAAUAAUUAUAUUUUCAAGGUUUGUGAAAAACGCCAUUGCUCAGACUAGCAGUCACUUAAAUUAUUGACGGCAAGGUAUUGUCUGCACGGCAAUAACACAUUUUUUAACUACACAGAAAGGUGAAACAAAUUGAGAACUUUGAGGAGAUUUUGGUUUGGCGCGAGGAUAACGUUGCACAAAGUAUACAACAUACAUUUUGUCCUUGUCACAAUUGUCCAUAAGCUCAUGUCUGUGCGACCGCACGUGUGCAAACUUAACUGAGCUUUAAAAGUCAACACCGUUUCGCUGUCAUGUCAUUUAUACAUGUUUCUAUUUACCUUACUUAUAACUAAAUUGAACUCGUAAAUGUGUAAUUGCGGAAACAGUGGAUGACAACUCUGUGCUGUGAGGGACAUUGAGCAAAUAGAGAUUUGUUUUUGAAAGCUAACCUGCUUGUUAGUAUCGCUCUGGUUCACUCUGCAAAGCCAAUGGGAUUUGUCCAUUUGAGUUUGGAUUAUUGCAGAAACAAAAGUGUAAGAUACUUUUGUUCACUAAGGAAAAUGAACACAACUAUGACUUUUAAAUAUAAAUGCAAUCUCUAAAAGUAACAAACUCCACCACGGUUUAAGCAGAUGAGUCUCUGCCUUUGGAGUGUUAGUAUUUAAUGUCCCCAAUGCUAACUGGUCUUAGCUACAGACCUUAUAUCAUGCAUCUUAAAAAACUUUUAAAAACCCAUCGACUAAAACAAGGGAACUGGAAAUGUAAAAAUGCUGACUAAUUUCCGGGUAUUAGGAUUAAUUCCUGCUGCAAUCUAUUCAUAUGACCGAACAUAUGGGGUUCACAGUACACUCGCUAACUCACUGUUAACAGCUGCUGCUGCUACUUACCUCCCUAAUUUUACCUCUUAGAUUCUGUCCUUUGUUAUAAAUGAAGUCUGAUUUUGUCUUUAUUGAUGAGGUCUUUUCUACAGCACUUUGUCUUUAUGGCCUUCCUCUUUGCCUACAUUAGUCACUACGUUGCCAACGCAGAGAUUCCUAUUUACCCUGCUUUGCUAGACGUGCACGAAUACGCACAUUUGACUGUCAGUGCAGCAUCCAGGAGUCUUUGCUGAUGUUGAACACUGGAGGGCGUCCUCACAGCAGUGACCAUCACAGGUCUCUGAGUGAGAGCAAAAACUGACACAAUGAAGGAAGAAGUGUGCAGGGACAAUUAGUGCCACUAAGCCAAAGAUUUGUAAUGCUGAUUUUUUUAAAUAUAUGUUGUUGAAGCAGUUUAUCCAAUCAUAUUGUGAUUCAGUAUUAGGGAGAGGUUUGUGUUUUUGUUUAGUUAUGAAAGAGAUCUGGUGAAAUGCCAUGUUAAAAAACGAUAAUACAGAGCUGUUGUUUUUACAAUCAUGCUUGAAGGUUGUGGGCCUUUAGACUUAAAUAUAUUGGAUGUGGAUUUAAAGAAAAAAAAAGGCAGAAGGAGAUUUAAAAAAAUCUUUCUAACGUCUGAAUCCAAUCUCCGGUUCAAUAAUGGUGUUAUCUUUCUGAUAAAACUGUUCAAAACGUAAUUGAAUGAAAAGAAUUACGAAAAAUAAUAAUGAAGCCAUUAUAGUCUUUAGCUGUUAUUUUUUAAUGGCAUGAUUUAACAAACGAAAAAAGUUGAAAGACUAGUUCUCUUUGGUUUUUAAGAAGUAUGACCCUCCAGGAUUUUGUGUACAUAUUCAAAUAAACCAUAGAAAAUAUUUGAUGAUAAUGGAUGAUAUUAAAAGUCAAGGGAGUCACCUUUGAUUACUAUUGAGCUCAUUUGAUCUGAGCUGUGACAAUGAAGAAAUUGCUUGAAAUGAUUCUUAAUGAAUUUAUAAACUCCCAGUCUAGGAAAAGAAUGUAUUAGCAGCUGUGUACAUGUACAUCAAACUAUAUGCUGUCAAGAGUUUUAUACUGGAAAUUUGGUUGUGGGUAUGUUGAUUUUAAAUGUGUUUUUUGAAAGUAUAUUCUACGGGUUCAUUCUCUGUCUAAUAGUAUGCAUUGUUUAACAACCAUGUUCUGUGAAGCCUUUUUAUAUUUAUAUUUUUAAAAGGUUUAAUCAAAAUAAAAAAUACAAAUCACAUGUAACCAGCUGUCCUGUAGAUGGCGCCACCGAGCUUCAACCUGGGAUGUAAAUGAAGGAUAUACAGGAUGUGGUUUGGAUACCUGUAUAAUAUUCAACAAAAAUAUAUUUUUUAAUGUCGAGAAGCUUCUUAUUACUAAUCAUUGCAACUAUUAUGAUUUAAGAAAAGUAAAUGUGUAACUUAUCUUGCUGUCAUUCUAUAGGAACUUAUUUCUGAUCUGUUUUUAAAUUGAAAUCAACUUCUCAUAUCUACGAGCUGUUUUAUAGCAAAUUACUUCAUUAAAUCAAUACAGAAAGAAAACGUCA